GUGGAGGUUAUAUUAUUGUGUUGACCAAUUGUGGAAGGGGCAGUUGUGUUGUGAUGUUGUGAAAAUGAGGUUGUUGUUGUGCUUGUUGCUUGUGGUUGCUGUUGCUGGGAAGGGGAAGAAGCAUCGGCAUAAUAAACCAGGUCGAGCAGUCCUGGACCGUCUCUCCAGCACCACAGUAACAGAUGGCACCGUGGAGCCAGGCAGAGAACUGCUACCGGAGCCCCUGGAUGUGGCUCCGUUCUCGGUGGUAGAAGCCAACGCCACCUGCGGGGACAAUGGGGCUGAGGACUAUUGCAGAGAUACGCCGGGAAAACGCGGUGUGGUCUGCGACGUAUGCGAAGGCCUGGAUGGUCCAGCCGCCCGCCGUCACCCAGCUUCUUACGCCAUCGACGGAGACCCUAGUACCUGGUGGCAGACCCCUGUCGGCGUAGCUCAUGUUACCCUGGUCGCUACAUUACCUGAUGACUGCGGCAUCAUCUCGCAAGACGGCGACUCCCUAAUAAGGUACCAACGCAAUGAAUUCCAACUCUGUGGAACCACCUCCGACUUCUGA